AUGGCACAUCUCGGUGCUUGUGCUGUGGUGGCUGUUGGCUGGGAUGAGGAGCAGAUUGGCGUCGAUCUCCUCCCACUCGAACAGGCACACCCACGCGCGACCAAGGAGGAGCGGCGGUCGCUGUGCCGGCUGAUCGACGCGCGCAAGCUGUCGGCGGAGGCGGCCGCGCACGCCGUGCAGAACGACCGCCUGCCGGUGCGCUGCGUGGUCCAGGUGCUCUUCCUGUCGUCGGAGCACGGCGGAGGCGGCGGCAAGCUCAUCGCCGGCCGCCACCGCCUCGCCGAGUGGAGCGGCGAGGGCGGCGGCUCCUUCCGCGACCCGCAACAGAUCAUCAGGAGCCCCGCCGCCGCCGCUUCCCUCGACCUCCCCUACUACGGCGCUGCCGUCGCCGCGGGCGGCAGCGCGCGGUGCCCGUCCAAGCGCGAGGUCGCCGUCGCGGCGCAGCACCACGAGCUGCGGCGCCGCCGCGAGGACGUUGCGCGCCUCCAGGUGCAGUGCCACGCGCUGCAGGCGCAGGUGGACCGGCUGGGCUCGGAGGGCGGCCGGCGGCGGCGGGGGCUGUUCAGGUGGGGCGCCGCGUUCCUGUUCGGCGGCGGCGGCCCGGGCGCCAGCGCGACGUCGAGGGUGGACGACUCCGACAGCGGCGUGGACAGGACGCCGCUCAGCGCGGGGAAGCAGGGGCGGGGCACGCCGACCGUGUCAAGGUGGCGCAGGUCUCACUCCUGA